GGGAAAAAUUCCAAAUUGGGUAGAGGAUAAAAGCAGCGUAGAAAAGAUACGAGGAAUAUGAGGGGAGAUGGCUGCUCCGACUCUUCUCUUUAGUCCAAGCGAGUAGAGAGAGAAGCCAAUCGAACAGAGCUGUGCCCCAACUCGCUUCAUCCUCUUGUUGGAUCUCCGAUUCCGACUCCCCGAUGAGAUUUCCAUAUCGCUUCCUGUACUAGAUUUUGAUCUUAGGCCUAUCGAAUGCUGGAUUGGGACUCUUCGAUUAUGGAUCCCAGCAGAGCAGCGUCCACGCCGAGCCACGGCCCGCCCGAUGACGGCGGAGGCCCCGCGCCCGAGUUCCCGGCCGGCCUCCGGGUGCUCCUCGUUGACGAUGACCCUACCUGCCUCAAGAUCCUCGACAGGAUGCUCCGCAAGUGCCUCUACGACGUGACGACUUGCUCGCGAGCAGCGCUGGCGCUCUCCAUCCUCCGCGAGAAGAAGGGAUGGUUCGACCUGGUUCUCAGCGAUGUGUACAUGCCGGACAUGGACGGGUUCAAGUUGCUCGAGCACAUCGGAUUGGAGAUGGAUCUUCCUGUCAUCAUGAUGUCCGCUGAUGACCACAAGGAUGUUGUCAUGAAAGGUGUCACACAUGGAGCUUGUGAUUAUAUCAUAAAGCCGGUUAGGAUGGAAUCGUUGAAGAAUAUAUGGCAGCAUGUGGUGAGGAAGAAAAGGAAUGAAUUGAAGGAGUUGGAGAAUUCUGGGAGUGUGGAGGAGGACGACAAGCACAAGCGAAGUCUGGAUGAUGGGGAUAAUGCUUCCUCUGGGUGUGUCGGGAAUUGGAAGAAUGCAAAGAGAAAAAAGGAAGAGAAGGACGAGGAGGAGGAAGAGAUGGUUGAAGAGCAUGAUGACUCUUCUAGUACGAAGAAGCCAAGGGUUGUAUGGUCUGUUGAUCUCCACCAACAAUUUGUGACUGCUGUCAAUCAAUUGGGUGUUGACAAAGCUGUUCCAAAGAAAAUUCUUGAGUUGAUGAAUGUGGCUGGACUUACUAGGGAAAAUGUUGCAAGUCACUUGCAGAAAUAUCGCUUGUACUUGAGGAGAGUAAGUGUGCCACAGCAUCACGGCAGAUUUGAUGCACAUUUUGCAAGUGCCCAGGAAGUAACUUAUAAUAAUUCAAUUGGUUCAGUUAGUGGAUAUGAUUUUCAAGCUCUUGCUGCUUCUACUCAGCUUCUACCACAAAAUAUAGCAGCUCUACAUUCAGGUCCAAGAAGUGCUACAAAUACUGGCAUGGGGGUGUCUGCUAUUGAUCAACUCAGUUUUCUUAGUUCUGGUAAACAAGUUACAAACUCUUCAAACAUAAUAUCUUCAUCCGUGCAGCAAAUAAACAGCAGACAAAUGAGUGACGUCCAUGGACCCUCCAACAAUAUUGAGUUAAACCAACUUGGGCAGUCACAGCAAGUGGUUCAACCAUUUGGAAGUAUUAACCAGCAAUUUGGGGAAGGAACUACAAAUCUUUUUAGUUUACCAUCUUCAGAACUAACCAACUUCUCAUUACCUAGAGGUACCAUCAAUGAACAACUGAACAAUUCUUUAGCCAGGCACAUGAAUCAGCAUGGACAACAAUUUCCUAUAUCUCAGCAAAGGAGCAAUAUGGAUAUCACAUUGCAAGGACUGCCACGAUCAAGGGGACAAUUACUGACUGAAACUGCCUGUCAUGAUUCUAGACUUGUGUCAGCCUUAUUGCAACAAGUACCUCCCAAUAAUAUUCCAAAUCAUGUCUCUGGACGGCUCGAAACCAGUGCAAAUAUGCUUACAUCCUUGCCUGCCAACUAUUUGAAUGCUUCAUGUAGUACGUCUCCCCAAGCUCUCUAUCCUGAUGUACAUAAUAGCUUCAUAACUGGAUUACCUGGAAGUUGCUAUCGUUGUGUAAGCAGCAAAGGAGCUACACCACAGACAGGAAGUGUCAAAGCAUUAAGCAACAGUAGCAACCUAAAAGGAAUGGACAACCAUGUUCCAAAUUUUGAUAUUAUUGGUGAACAUCAUCAAAACAAAAGCCAAGAUUGGAAGUUGCAAAAUGUAAAUCUCCCAUACCAGUCAGGCCAAAACCUUGGUCAUGGGCAAAGCACUAUUGACUGUUAUUCUUCACUGAUGGGUAAUCAAGAUUCAACUAGUACUGCCAAAAAUGGGUUUAACGGUAAUGCUGGAACAGUCACGAAGAAUAUCAUAUCAACAAGAAGUGACAUUGAUAUGGAGAAAAGAGAAUGCAUUGUUCAGCACAAAACCAACCUAGUGGAGAACUGCAACAGAGUAAAUUAUGAUGGAAUUCCAGAUCUCAGUUAUCAAGAUAUUCUUUUUGAAGACAAUAUUAUUACAAAUGAACUCAUGAAUGUUGUUCGGAAACAGCAGCAAGAAGGGAUUGGGCAGGUUGAUAAUGAGUUCAACUUUAACCCCCCAGUUUAGCAUUGGAGUCUCUAUACCAUUAAGCAAUUAUGAAUUCUUGAAGAAGCAUUGGACGCUAUGCCACGAAGCAAUUAUGAAUUCUUCAAGAUGAUUGGAACUGUUCCAUAAUUAAAGAUCUUAAGGGGUUCUAGAGAGUUUUCCUUCACAAUUUAUCUGGUAACCGCAUGGAAAUCAGACCAUUGCCUCCAGAGAAAGGGCUUGAGGACAUACUGAGUCCACACGGUCAAAUCUCAACACACACGAUUAGGUGUACAAAGGUAAAAGUAGUCUGCAAAUGCAUACAUGCUAAGUUUCCAGUUUCUUUCUUAGCUCAUGCUAACAAGACAUCCCUCAAGUGGCGAAAGGCUUGAAUUGCAUUAGUUUGGUUUGGUGUGUUCUUUUGUGGAUUUGGCAUUAGGAGUCUCCAAAUAGUCUCUUCAAAAUCGAGGGGAGUAUUUUCUAACUCCAGUAGUCAUGUACAGGUUUCGUUUGACUAACGGAAACAAAGUGGUGUUAGUUUGUUCCCUUUUAAUUUAUGGCUAAUCCUACUUAAUUGUUUUAUUCCUCCUAGUCAUCCAGAACAUCUAUCCUUGUAUUCAUUUAGUUGCAAUACAUUGUGUAAUUUAAAUU